UCUCGCUUCAAGGCUAUACCCUCCCCCUUUUUGCCGGCAACUGCCAUCCCGGGCGCGUGGCGCUUGGCAACGGUAUUGCAAAUGGUGGAUGGUGGUAGCGAUCAGUAGAAAAGAAACCGAGCGAUCUUCGUGAAGGGUAGAUACCAGCCCAGUGCCAUGGGCUCCACCUACCUGACGCGCAAUGCGUUUCUCAAGGCCAUCUCUGCCAUCUACCUGAUUGCCUUCAUGUCAUUGUACAUGCAAAUACCAGGCCUGUACGGCGCCAGCGGCGUGCUGCCGGCGCACAGUCAGCUGUCGCCGGGUGGCGGCGCGGGCCCGACGCUGCUGCGGUGGCGCGCCGCACUCGGUCUGCACACCGGCCAUGCCAUGGAGCUGGCCGCGCUGACCGGCGCCCUGCUCGCCCUGCUCGCGCUGCUGUUCGAGAUGUGCCGCGUCUCCGUGACAUACGCCGGACUGCUGGUGCUCUACUUCUCGCUGGUCCAGGUCGGGCAGGUGUUCCUCUUCUUCCAGUGGGACACCCUGCUGAUGGAGGCGGGCCUGCUGGCGGCGCUGCUGGCGCCGCUGCUGCCGGGCUGCGCCGGCCGGCCGGCAGACGCCGUCGGCCUCUGGCUGGUGCGCUGGCUGCUCUUCCGGCUGGUGUUCUCCACCGGCGCGGUGAAGCUGCUCAGCCACUGCCCCGCCUGGUGGGGCCUCACUGCGCUGGAGGUACACUUCGAGUCUCAGUGCAUGCCGACGCCGCUGGCCUGGCUCGCGCACCACCUGCCGCCGGCCGUGCUGCGCCUCAGCGUCGUGUUCUCGCUGGUGGCCGAGCUGGCUGUGCCGUUCCUCUUCUUCGCGCCCGUUCGUCGGCUGCGGCUGGCCGCCUGCUACGUCCAGAUAUUCCUGCAGCUGAUGAUGAUGGCGACGGGCAGCUUCGGCUUCUACAGCCUGCUGGUGCUGACGCUGUGCCUGUCGCUGCUGGACGACGGCUGGCUCGGUGGCGGCCGCAGAGGUGAGCCGGCGGACCGCCGUUGGCGCGCCAGUGACAUCGGUGAUGGGUCGUCAGUGACGUCGGUGAUGGGUCUGCGGCUGCUGGACGGCGCGCUCACCGCUGAUAUAGCGUUCACGAAGGAGGAGUUCGCCCAGUUCGUGCACGCGGCGGUGCCCGCCGGCGCGCUGCUGGGCGCCGCGUCCUACCUGCUGACGGCCGCCGAGGCGCUGACCUCAGCGGCGCUGGACUCUGGUGGCUGUUGCCGCACGCUCCACACCGUGCUGCGUACCCUCACCACCGUGGUGGUGGGCGCCGCCAUCUUCUGCUGCACACUGGUGCCGUUCACCAUGCUGGACACGGCCUCUCACCGGUCGCUGCCGGCGCCGCUGCGACAGGGCUUCGCCGACCACGUGCAGCCGUUCCACGUGUUCGGCUCGUAUGGCCUGUUCAAGCAGAUGACCGGCGUUGGAGGCCGACCGGAGAUAGUCAUGGAAGGAGCCCACGCCCUGGAGGGUCCGUGGCAGGAAAUUGAGUUUCGCUACAAGCCAGGAGAUGUCGCCACCCAGCCGUCGCUCGUCCUGCCGCACCAGCCGCGCCUCGACUGGCAGAUGUGGAUCGCGGCCCUCGGUGACUACCACGCCAACCCCUGGAUCACGUCACUGGCCUACCGCCUGCUGACCGGCGCGCCGGAGGUGGGUCCGUCUCCUGGACACCAGCCGUUACCCGUUCGCCGAGAAGCCGCCGAAGUUCAUCCGCGCCCGGCGCUACAAGUACCACUACACAGCCGCCACCGACAGCGGCAGUGCGGGCGACUGGUGGACACGGGACGCCAAGAGCGAGGAGUACCUGCCCAUCUUCUCUGCCGAACAUAAGCCACUGCUGGACUACCUUCGCGAGAUGAAGAUCAUCGGCGGCCCGGCGGAGGCGCCCGAAGACUCGCCGCUGGUCGGCCCGCUGGACGCGCUGCGGGCGUUCUUCGACCGGUGGGAGGCCACCAGGCUGCUGUGGGCGCUGCUGCUGACGUGCCUGGCCGUCAGCGUCACCCGAGGCCGGCUGCGGUAGAGGCCGCUCCAGACCGGCGCCACGGCGGGCUCCGACGGCGCGCUGCGCUGGAGUCGAGUCGGAUGACAGGCGUCAGGGGGUCGGAGACGUCGGGGGCGUCGCCGCUCGGUGUUUUAUUCUGGGGUUUUGUACUCGUGCGCGGCUCGGAAUGUGUACGGUGUUUCGAUGAGUGGUGGCGCCCAUCGCCUCCUCGAUGCUGACCUUUUGACGUGCUCAGCUCCGCGACGGCGAUCAGCUGAUAUUCGCGGGGUGUUUGAUCUAUAUACGCGUGUGUGUGUUCGCGUGCCGUGUCGCAGCUCCGCAGACGGCAGGGCUUCCCUGAUUGUGAGUGUCACCGCUCGAUUCCUGCCCCACGUCACUGUCCGGGACGCGCUCCGCCCCGAGCUGGUCCGCGCGGGGGACCCUAAACUUGUUUAGUGACCGUGGAACAAAUAGCCAGUAUCUCUUGAUAUUAAACCGAUGCUCCGCCGUG